GAAGCGUAUGUAUCUGAUAUAAAAGAUGACGGGAUCCUUUCAUCGUGGUAAGUAGACUGAUAAAAUGUCACUUUCAUUGCCCACUACCCGAUCACUUUUACCCAACGAAAAUGAUCAUGAUUCCUUAAAUGCUGCUGGAUAUGAUCUCCUUAUGUUGGAAAUAUGUCACCCAAGUCAAAGGGUGGCCAUCUUCCGCGAGCUACCCUUGCCACUGUGGAAUCCUUAACCAUGCCUCUUGAGCAGGAACUUGUUUUCUUAGCAGAUUUUCGAUGUUCAGGGUGUCAGCAGAGGGUUACUGAGAUUGUGUCAAAAAUGAAUGGAGAGAUUCAAUCUGUGGUGGUUAGUGUAUUGGAGAAGAAGUUAACGCUGAUAUGUACAUAUCCAGCUACUGCUGAUAAAUUGGAUGUCCAACAUGUUACUGCUUCGGCGUACACAGGUUCAUCAAGCAAAGCCUCCCGCAUUGCUCAGCGCCUUUUUCGCUCUUUCUACGGUAGAAAGAGAGCACUAACUUAAAGAAGAUCCAUGGAAUU